CCAAUGUUCCAUUCUCCGUUUAUUGUUGAAUAAUUUUUUCACAUUUUUCUUUUUCAAUUUCUCAUUUUAUCGUGCGCGUUUUUAUUAAACAGUUCUUGUUAUAAUUCACAUUAUUUUCAUGUUAUUGUGCUACUCAUUAGCUUAAAUAUGGGAUCCAUGGACCUAGAGUUCCAUGAUGUAAAUCUAGAAGCUAAAGGCGGCUUGUGGACUGGUCGUUUAAAAUUCACCGAACAAAACAUCGUAUUCAAGAACUCGAAAACUGGCAAAGUUGAACAGCUUUCCGUCGGUGAUAUCGAACUUGUUAAUUGGUUGAAGCUAGUUGGCGCCUACGGAAUUAGGUUAUUCUUAAAAAAUGGAUCCCUUUAUCGUUUCUUAGGCUUCAAAGAUGCUGAACGAGAUAAAAUUUCGAAAUUAUUCCGUCAAACUUACAAGUUGGAUAUGCACGAAAAAGAAUUAUCCGUAAAAGGAUGGAAUUGGGGUGUAGCGAAAUUCGAUGGGUCCGUUCUGGAUUUCACGAUAAACAAUAUAACAGCGUUUGAGAUACCUCUGACGAACGUUAGUCAAUGCACGACUGGCAAAAAUGAGGUCACAUUGGAAUUCCAUCAAAACGAUGACGCUCCGGUCAGUUUGAUGGAAAUGCGUUUCCACAUUCCAUCUUCGGAAUUGGCUGGCGCUGCGGAUCCGGUUGAAGCUUUCCAUUCGCAGGUUAUGAAACAAGCCAGCGUUAUUUCUGUGUCCGGCGAUGCGAUUGCCAUCUUUAGAGAAAUUCAUAUUCUUACUCCGAGAGGUCGAUACGAUAUCAAAAUUUAUCCCACAUUUUUCCAACUUCACGGUAAAACCUUCGAUUACAAAGUUCCUAUGCCAACAGUUAUCAGAUUAUUCCUUUUACCGCAUAAAGAUGGCCGUCAACAUUUUCUAGUUAUCAGUUUGGACCCUCCAAUUAAACAAGGUCAAACGCGAUACCAUUAUUUAGUUUUGUUAUUCAAUCAAGAUGACGACAUCUCUAUAGAAUUACCGUUCUCUGAGGAAGAAAUUCAAACUAAAUACGAAGGCAGAAUCACUAAAGAAUUAUCCGGUCCAACUUACGAAGUAUUGGGCAAAAUUAUGAAAGUUUUAGUCAACAGAAAAAUUACUACUCCCGGCGGAUUCAAAGGACAUUCCGGAACUGCGGCGAUUUCAUGUUCGUAUAAAGCUGCGGCUGGUUAUAUUUAUCCAUUAGACAGAGGAUUCAUUUAUAUUCAUAAGCCACCGAUUCACAUACGGUUUGAAGAAAUUGCCAGUGUAAAUUUUGCUCGAAGUGGAGGCAGCACGAGGUCUUUUGACUUCGAAAUCGAGUUAAAGAACGGAGUCGUCAACACGUUCAGCAGUAUUGAAAAGGAAGAAUACGGCAAAUUAUACGAUUUUAUCAACGCGAAAAAUCUACGAGUGAAAAAUCGAGGAAAAUCGGACAGCGGCUAUGCAGCUGAAGAUUUUGGUGACUCGGAUCAAGAAGCUGCUCCUGAUGCUUACCUCGCUCGUGUAAAAAGAGAAGGGAAAGAGAAAGAUGAUGACGAUGACGACGAUGAUGAAAGCACUGAUGAAGAUUUCAAACCGCCUCAAGAAGAGAGCGAGAUCGAUGACGAGUACGACAGCAAUGUCGCGUCAUCCGAGUCCGGUUCUGGUUCCGAUACCGAGAAGAAAUCGAAACCUAAGAAAGAGAAAAAAGAGAAACCCAAGAAAGCUGCGAAAUCUGAGUCUGAUAAACCGAGAAAGAAGAAGCGUAAAGACAAAGAUGAUAAUAAACCUAAACGUCCACCGACAGCUUACAUGGUAUGGUUCAACGAAACCAGAGAGAAGAUUAAAUCAGACAAUCCUGGUAUUUCGUUCACCGACAUUGCAAAGAAAGGAGGUGAAAUGUGGAAGAAACUGACUUCGGAUGAUAAACAACCUUUUGAAAGAAAAGCUAAUAAGCUUAAAGACGAGUACAACGAAGCGAUGAAAGCUUACAAAGAGAGUGGUGGCGCUGCUGCCAGCAGUAGCAGUAGCAGUCGUGAAAAAUCCGAUAAGCAUGAAUCCAAGAAAUCAAAAUCGAAAGUUAGCGUAUCUCCCUCGAAAGCUGGCACCGGUACGAAGUAUAAAUCUUCUGAAUUCAUCGAAGACGAUAGCAGCUCGUCAGACAGUGGAAACGAAAAGAAAAAGCCUAAGAUCGAGUCAUCUCGUAAAAACGAAAAAGAAUCUAAGAAGAAGAACGAAAGCGAAUCCGAAAGUGCUUCGGCUUCGGCAUCGGCAUCUGAAAGUGAAAGCGAAGAAGAGAAAAGUUCCAAGAAAGAUAAACGUCGCAGGGAAUCUUCAGAUGAAGAAAAAACUACGAAGAAAAAGAAAAAUGAGAGCGAAAGCGAAGAAGACGAAGAUGAAGACUCGGCUGAAAGUACACCAGCCAGCGAUGAAGAUGAUUAGGCUUUUUUAUGUUUACUUAUAAGUACUUUUGUAUCAUUUUGGAACCGUAAAAGUUUUUACUACUUUAUUUCAAUUUUGUACAACAGAAAGUUGAAUUUCAGAAGAAAUAUUGUCUGUUUUUUUGUAUUAAAAAAAAAAACAAAACAAAAAGUUCAGAUUUUAAUGACGUACGCCUUAAUCCUUCUGAUGCAGAGGAUCUAGAAGGAUGUAUUAGCUGUAUCUGUGUGUUAUUUCAUCGUCGUAAAUUAUUUUAAUGUACUCGUAUUUUUAAUGUUUGUUACUAAAUGUUAAGAGAAGCAGAAAUACAUUGCUCCUUUUUUUACGAUCAACAA